AUGCCCAAAGUUGAAAAAAAGAAGCGCGUUGCCAAACGUGGUCCUUAUGUGAAGAACGCGGCAGGGACCGAAACUUCCAGAGUCGACAGUUCUUCUCAGAAGGAGUCGUUACCACUAGUCCUGGACAUGCCGACCGAGCAGCCCCGAGCAGCACUCCAGAACAAACCGCUUUCAUUCCUCGACCUGCCGACAGAGAUUCGACUGCAAGUCUACCAACACUUCGUCACUAUCCCACCAAAGACAGGCAUUGAGAAACGCAGGUUGGACAGAUCCAGGGUCAUACGGACGAGAUAUUCGCUUCAGUUGACAUGCCGCAAGGUCAGCCAGGAAUGGUCGCCUCUCUUCUACUCCACGACCACUAUCGUGAUACAUGGUCUUCGACCCGUCCCAGAUGAUGGGUCUCCGGAGUAUAGGACGAGCCGCGGAAUGGACUUCUGGGGUUUCGAAAAGGAAUUUGUCAACCUUUCUUCUCUCAGCAAACGGAAAAGAAUCCAGAGCCUGGCUUAUGAUUGCGGCGACGAUAUAAGUGGCGACUUCCAAAGCACAUACAUGCCGCUCAUCAGCCUCCUCAGAGAGCCUGAAAACACCUUCGCGUCUUUGAAAGAAGUGGUAUUUUACCGCGAAGUAUGCACCCGGGUACCUGACCGUUUGUACAGAACGAAAUCAUCACGGGACGAAAUAGUGGAUCUGGUGUUCAGGGAAGGAUUGGACUGGGAAGCGGUGGAAGAGAUGGAUAACAUGGAAUACCUUCUCUGCAAAGAGGAACUGUACCCGCGAUGGAGUGUUGGGUGGGGCUUGCGAGUCAGUCACUCUGGGGACUCCGAAUGGGUCGAGAAUAAGCUGCGGCCCAUUAAAAUAGUCGACGAGGUCCAGGUGGUUUUCCGCAAGCAGGCGGAACCUUUGCAAGAGACAAUAUGGUUCUGA